CUCGCACCGUAAAUGUUAUUUAUGAAUUCCAAUCGCUCACGGGCGUGUGAACGUUGUUUUUUGUUUUUUAAAUGGACGACGGUGUGAAUUGAUUUUACGCGAUGAUAUUUCACAAAGACGGAUGAAGCCGUGGAUUUACGAAUGACAAUUUGAUACAGUUUGAUCUUGAAAUGAUUUUGGGGAUAUUGUAAGAAACGGUCUGGUACAUGUUAUGCUUUUAAUAGGUCAAUACAUCGGAGACCCAUAGAUAGACGUACACUAGCGUGGCUAGGUGGUGAGCCGCACUAGGAUCCAAAUUGGUUUAUCCUUCACGAGCAGUGCCUUUUUAACCCUUGUUUGCGAUCUGGUGGAAGUAUUUGUCGUCAAGGUGAGUUGCCCCCAGCUAUGACCAUGUCCCAGUGAGACUGGGCUGGGCUAGCUGGCCCUGAGGAGGGUGAGGUGGAGGAGCCAGAGAAGCUCUGCCACAGUUCCUCAAGAUCAGACGGACAAACAGACUGACAGACACCCCCCUUCCCCUCCUCCCUCCCCCUCCCCUCUGCCUCCCCCACCUCCCACCUCCCCUGCACCUCGCCACCAUGCUAUGGUCACUCUGAUUGUGGAGCGCCUGCAGAAACAGAGUCUGGAUGCCGACAUUUGCCAAGGGGCUCUCAGUGUGUCUCUGCUCGAACCCAACAACCUCGCAGUCUGCUGGCCCACAGAUGGAUUGAUGCCUGAAAGUAGUUAUUGGCAGCUGUGCCCUCCCUCCAAACCUAGCCUGCAGGGGGUGCUGAGCUCCAGCUUCCCCCCCGGGCCCGUGCCCCUGGUCCCCUCAGACGAACACCUCCCUGAGGAGGACCCCCUGCACCGGCCCCUGGUCCCCAGCACCUCCGCAACCGACCUGUCUCUCCCAGGGGCGCCCCCUCCCCCCCCGCCGCCACCCAAACGGCACUGCCGCUCCCUGUCGGUGCCAGAGGACCUCUCCCGCUGCCGCUACACCUGGCGUCCCAGUGCCUCAAAGGUCUGGACGCCUGUCAACCGCCAGUGCCACAGUGGAGGGGGUGCAGCGGGGGGGGCUUGUCCGCUCCGUGCUCCCAGCUCUUCUCUCAACUCUUCGCUCCACUCCUCCUCCAGUCCCACCUUCUUUAGCCUCGCCCUCUCUCCAGACUCCCCCCUGCCCUGGAACUUCCCCUGGGACCCCAGUGAUGCGGCAGGAGGGGGAGGAGCCUGUUGCUGCUUCUUUCCCUCCCCGUCCUCCUGCUCUUCCUCCCCGUCCCCUCUCCAUCCUCCUCCUCCACCUCAGCGCCGAUUCUCCCUCUCCCCAGUCCUCAUCAGAGAUGCCACAGCCCAGUUCCUGCCUCCUCCCCCAGUCCCGCCCCUCCAGCCUAUGGCUCCACCCCCUCCCGUACCCGCCUCUCCCUCCUCGGCCUGCAGUACACCGUCCUCGCUGCGCAGGGCCAUCCCCCCUCAGCUCCCUCGCUGCCACUCCCAGCCCUGCGACCUGCUGCUGCUAAAGCCCGGCUUGAAGAGACGGCGAGACCCUGACAGGCCCUUUGCUCGCCCAGUGCUGGACUUUACCAAGAUGACCCAGACGCGCAGCACUGACCCCUUGGGCUGUCUGGAGCGAGGCAGGCUGGCCUGUGGAGGAGACGUUUGCAUGGGCCUGGAGCCCUUCCUAGGGGACUUCCGGGGCUCAUGCUCCCCCGCAGAGGGGCUGGGAAGGACCAGUAUCGGGCCUCUGAGUGAGAGUGAUGAGGAGGAGGAGGAUGAGGAGGGGGAGGAAGAGGACCCUGAAAGAGAUGGGGGUCCUCAGAGUGUCUUUGAGAGGGAUUGUACAGAACUAGACUUGAACCUUAUUGAAGAGAAUUAGAAUCUUGUACAUUGGAAGAUGUUUCCCCCUAGGCCCCUCCCACUUCACCCCCCUCUCUCUGGCCUGCUACCCUCCAAUCAGCUGGGCUCUCAGGAACAACACCACACCCUCUCUCUGGUGGGAUGAUCUGGGCCAAUAGAAGCUCGUUGACAACAGUGAUGAUUUGACUACUAUCAAUAAGAACGGAGAACGCAGGUAGCCAUUGAUGCUGUCGUCCCAUCAGAGUACAUUCCAGAACACCUUGCUGAAACAUUCUUGUGAAUAAUCCGAAAGCUGGAGGUUCUAGCUGAUCCCAUAGUGUGUGUGUUGGUUGGAUAUCUUCUUAAUGCACCCUCAACCUGACUAGAAUGGAACAGGAAGAAACAGACCAACAACAGUGGGUCGCUUGCUUUCUUUCUUUGACUGGACAAUUCCCCACAGUUGUCUUUUUCAGUAAAGUAGUGAGAAUAGACUUUCCUAAAUGAUGGUGAUGAGUUAUCCGUGUUUUGUUCAGUUUUAUGCAAAAAGGCAGUCUCUCAUUGCAGUUUUUCUUUCUGCAGACCUUAUAGUUUCUGGUAAUCAAUCCAUAAGACUCAGAAUAAGCCUUAAGACACCAUGUUUUUGUCUGUAAACAAAAAAAUUCAACUAUGAAAAGGAAAUGAAUUGUGUAGCUGUUGAUAUUAGUCAUUUUGUUAUUUUCUGCUUUUUACUUAAUAUUUCUUAUCUAUACGAUGCAUUCCUCUGAAAAGGGUGAGGUAUAGACAUUGAUAAUGAAUGCACUGUGUUUGAAAAGUUAAACAAAACUUCUAAAUAGAAGCAACCACUGUAUUCUGAGGGCACAUUGUUAAAUUGUAUUAUACAACAAUUUCAUUUGUUGAGAACCAGUUCUGUGUAAAGAUGGUAGCUGAGAGUCCUGGGGCAGGCCAUUGCUGUCUUAUAGAGAUGUUUUUUUUAUUGUAUGUGUUAAAAAUAUGGCAAUUUCAAACUCAGUUUGUGUAUAAAUAAAGUUUAUUGGAAAU